AUGGAUGCUGCACUAGAUAACACCACAGCUGAUGUUGCUGGUGUUGAAGUACCUGUACAGGUGAAAGGAUUAGGACUGAUAGACUACAGCACCACGGUACUUCUCACAAAUAUCUUCUUGUAUGGAAUCUGGAUUCCGAUAGUUUUCAGUGGAAUCGUCACGAACAUUAUCAACACAGUUGUGUUUGUCCGCAUCGGAAUGAAAGACAUUGUGAACGUAUCGUUUCUCGCUCUGUCCAUGUCCGAUUUGCUCUAUUUGUCUUUUACCAUGAUCUAUCUCAUUCCUAGCACGCUGACGUUUUCGGGCCGGCCAAUCAAGUGGCUUCAGAGCCCUUAUACGCUCAACUCCUACAUCGUCUGGUACGCCAUUUUGUUCUACGACCUUUCCAUCUUGAUCACGACCUACAUAGCCGUAGCCAGGUGUUGCUGCGUCACCAUGGCUCUCAAGUUCAGGAGUUUCUUCACUGUGUCUAGGACUUACACAGCCCUGGGUGUUCUUUCCGUCGUAUGCCUGGCUCUCCACAUCCCGAUGAUCGCUUCACAGAAUCUGCAGUGGGAGACGGACAAGAAAACAAACACGACAAAGCUGACUCUAGUGCGCUCCGAUGCAUUUCCAGACGUCCAGUACUUCCAUGACAUCACAAACAGAAAUGUGGUUCCCUAUACAUGUUUAGCCAUCAAUAUUAUAUGUCUUGCAGCUCUCACCUUUACUCUCAAAUCAGCAACUCAGAUCCGAAAAAAGAUGGCUAUGAGCGCUUCCACCGAUGGCAACACUGGAAAACGUGACUCGAAGCUCAGUGCUAAGGACAUCCAAGUGGUCAAAGCUGUGUCGCUUGUGGCCUCCAUGUUUGUGUUUUGCUCCCUUCUCACCACCAUAAAAGCUUUGGUCCGUCGUGCGAUCCCAGACUACGACGGUCGUGGUCAGUAUAGAAAUCUGUUCCAGCUCACCACGGGUGUGGUGACUAUCUUCACUUACCUGAACGCCACCGUCAAUAUAAUAGUCUACUAUCCCUUUAACACCAAGUACAGACAAUCCCUGACAGAGAUUUUCUGCAAGGGAAAGAAACCUGAAGAACCGAAAUAA